UCCUGAUAUCGCUCCAGUUCUGCACUCACUGCGCUCGAGUUCAGUCAGCAGUCUUUCAACUCCAACUUUCAGCGUGAUCCAGGCGCACUUGACUGACCGCAACGCCACGAAGUGUACAACUAGGCUCCGAUGACAUGUUAAGAACUGAAAAUAAUGGAUUAUCGUGUUAAACCGAAAUAAAAGAUGAUUUCUAGUCGGUCAGACUCCGUGUAACGCGGCGAUGCGCAGCGGCAGGUGAUGUGGAUGCUGACGCGUCGGGGCUCAACUGGUCUCCAAGUGGCGCUCAGAACCCGUGGAAGAACUUCUGCACGAUUGGCUUUCAGUAGGAGUCGGAAUCAUGGAGUUGAGGGACUAUCCAAGAAGUCUUUAUGACAAUUUCAGAAUUAGUUUCUAUUUAGGCACUUACUGUUCUUUAAACACAGCUGUGCGAAUCAACAAAUGGGUCGUUUUAAAGCACUAAUCUACUAUUGCUUAUUGCAGUAGGUUUUUAAAACUUUUCUAGGACGUUUAGUGACAACGCUUCUUAUCGAGUUAAUCCGGAUCCCGUUGGCUCGUAUGGGACUGAGGCACUCAUCGCGGUGCCUGCUCCUGCGGAGAAAGAUGGCGGAGGCGGAGAGCUCGGAGCAGCACCAGCAUCAGCAGCACCAGCAGCAGCGUAUUUCCAAUGACCCCUCGUCCCAGUCCUUGCAACCAUCUCCACUACCAAAACCAGUGACAUCUGUUCAUCAUGUUCCUCACCCCCCACACACUCCACACGUCUCCUCGCUUUCUGCCUGUCCGGGCCGAGGCAAGAUGGCCAAGCUACUCAACCCGGAGGAGAUGACAUCACGAGACUACUACUUUGACUCCUAUGCCCACUUUGGAAUUCAUGAGGAAAUGCUAAAGGAUGAGGUGAGGACGCUGACCUAUAGGAACUCCAUGUACCACAAUAAACACAUCUUUAAAGAUAAGAUCGUUCUAGAUGUGGGCAGUGGAACCGGAAUCCUCUCCAUGUUUGCUGCCAAGGCAGGAGCCAAGCAUGUAUAUGGGAUUGAAUGUUCCAGUAUAUCAGAGUAUUCCGAGAAAAUCAUCAAGUCAAAUCACCUGGACAAUGUAAUCACCAUCAUUAAAGGGAAGGUGGAGGAGACUGAACUGCCGGUGGAUCAGGUGGACAUUAUUAUUUCAGAGUGGAUGGGCUACUGUCUUUUCUACGAGUCCAUGCUCAAUACUGUCAUCUACGCCAGGGACAAAUGGCUGAAACCUGGUGGCUUCAUGUUUCCAGACAGAGCGACACUGUAUGUGGUUGCCAUUGAAGAUCGGCAAUACAAAGACUUCAAAAUCCACUGGUGGGAGAACGUCUAUGGUUUUGACAUGACAUGCAUUCGGAACGUUGCUAUGAUGGAGCCCCUGGUGGACAUAGUAGAUUCUAAACAAGUCGUGACCAACUCCUGCCUCAUUAAGGAGGUGGAUAUCUACACGGUGAAGCCAGAGGAUCUGACGUUCACCUCGGCCUUCUGCCUGCAGAUCCAGAGGAAUGACUAUGUUCACGCUCUCGUCACGUACUUCAACAUUGAGUUCACCAAGUGUCACAAGAAGACGGGCUUCUCUACAGCCCCCGACGCUCCCAGCACUCACUGGAAGCAGACAGUGUUUUAUCUGGAGGAUUACUUGACGGUGCGGAGAGGGGAGGAGAUCCUGGGCAGCAUCACCGUGAAGCCCAAUGAGAAUAAUGAGCGUGACUUGGACUUCACCUUUGAGCUGGAUUUCAAAGGACAGCUCUGCGACGCAGCCAUCUCUCACGAUUACAAGAUGCGGUAAAACACGAGCGGCAUCCUGAGUCGGGCCACUGCUUCCCAGGGAGAUUCGUGCAAUCAGCAGAUUGUGCCUCUCCUCUGCCUCUGUCUAGAUCAGAGAGGCUGCUGACCUGCAGGACCCGUCGGUGAUGUCAUCAGUGCCAGUCCAGCACUAAAAGCAAUAGUGUCAACACGUGUCCCGUUCUUAAAUGCACAUAGAGGAUAGACUGUAAAACAUCACUCUGAAUGUAACCGUUAAUGAGUCUGAGAAUGUCAAAGCUUGUGUUUAUUUAACCUUAUAAGAUAGGAAAGUGUUACCGAACAGUAUAUGCCAAUGUGAAUCGUACAAUAGAACUCAUCGAACAAAGGCUUCAGUUUGGAUGCAUACAUGAAAAGAGCAUUUUUGAUGUUUUGCUUAUGUUGAAGUACUUUUAUUGUGUUCUAUUUAUUGGGUUAAUGUUGAGUUGUUUAAUAUAGUGAUCACUGGAAUAUUUUCUGCCUUUGCUUUAUUUGAAUUCAUUCAGGUUUCACUAAGAUUUUUCUAAAGGACUUCUAAGAGCAGCUACACUAUUUUAAAUCAUUCUGAUCAAAAGCAGGACCUACAAGAUUUGUUAUCUUAGUGUAACAUAAUGUGACUGUUUUAUCUUAAGAAUAUUUUGGGUUUUGUGUUCUUGGUCAACUGUCAGGUCAUUGUCACAUUCAACCUUUGUGUGAAACAACCCCAGAGCAGUUCAGAUGAAGAUAACGAAUGAGGCACAGCAUGCUUGACACUGAAUCCAGACAAUGUUGUUCCCUCAGUAAUAUAUCUGAAGAUUUCGGUGGCUCAUGUAGUUUGUCGUCAUCUGAACCGUCUCUGUGAAUGGUAACUGAAACACUUGUUCAAGCAAUGAGGUUUUACUGGGCAGUCUGAAAUCCAGGUUUCAUGAUGCUAGCAAGACUUCAGGAGCUUUGAAUGAGGCUAUUGCAAUGCUAAAUAAAUGGGAAGUAACAAACAA